AUGAGCAGCAUCAGAGGGCUCCUAAACUACAGGAUCCGGCGGCCAGUCACUGUACAGAUUUUUGCCAAACUUGAGGCAUUCUGCCCUUCACAGUGCACUUGUAUUUUUCAUGGGAGGAGUGAUGGAACUGGGGCAAAGUCUGUUUUGUGCAAUGAUCCUGACAUGGUUGACAUUCCUAUCAACGUUCCAGUGGACACUGUUAAACUUCGGGUUGAAAAAACUGUUAUCCGUAGAAUACCUACUGAAGCCUUCUAUUACCUGGUCGAUCUGAAAUAUCUUUGGGUCACCUACAACAGUAUUACUAGCAUUGACUCAAGCAGCUUUUACAAUCUGAAGCAGCUGCAUGAAUUACGUCUAGAUGGAAAUUUUAUAUCAAUUUUUCCAUGGGAAUCUUUAUUGGAGAUGCCUCGAUUGCGGAUCCUGGACCUACAUAACAAUAAGAUAGCAACUAUCCCAGCUGAGGCAGCGCGCUACCUAAAGAACAUCACAUACCUGGACAUCUCCAGCAACAAGCUCACCACUCUGCCUUCUGAUCUUUUGGACAUCUGGCCUCCAUUCUCUGACCCAGCAUUAAAGGGUACAGAGCAACUUUACCCAAGAAUCAUCCUAGGCUUACAAGACAACCCUUGGUUUUGCGACUGCCGAAUUUCAAAGCUGAUUGAACUAUCAAAGAUAGUGGAUCCACAAGUGGUAUUCCUGGAUACUCUAGUGGUCUGCAGUGGGCCUGAAUCUCUUACUGGCAUCAUUUUCCAAAAAGCUGAACUAGAACAAUGUCUCAAGCCUUCUGUGAUGACUUCAGCCACUAAAAUUACAUCCCCACUGGGCAGCAAUGUUCUACUACGAUGUGAUGCUACUGGUUCGCCUACCCCACAAUUAAUCUGGAGCAGAACUAACAAUUCUGCUGCUAAUUAUACAGUUAUCCAGGAGUCUCCAGCAGAUGGUGUGAGAUGGUCAAUUCUAAGUAUGAAUGGUAUUUCCUACAAAGACGCAGGAGAAUACCGUUGCAAGGCUAAGAAUUUGGCAGGCAUAUCAGAAGCAUCAAUAACAGUCUUAGUCGUCGGUGUGGUCACUACAACGGGAUCACCAUCACGACUCGGAUGGAGACUAGGUGCAGAUCCGACAAUUAAUAUGCUAACAGAAGUAAAGGAAGAAAUUAUCAUAACAAGCACAACAUCCUUUUCACUGCCCACAGAAAUAUCUACAUCACCAAUAAUGCAAACAACAGUAGAACCAACUGUAGUGCCCACUUCUGCCACAUCGACAACCAUCCGGGUCCUAGAAAAGAAACCUCAGAAAAUUAACAAAGUCCAAACACAGGCGGCUGGUGGCAAGAAAACACAACUUUCUCCAAGCAAUAAAGAAGGAGAUGCACUUAAAAAUGUGGCUGCCAAUACAGAAACAAAUUCUGUUGUCCGUAAUCUGAGAGUUAUUACUGAAACUGAGGAUCGGGUCACACUAACAUGGAGGAUGCUAAACACCACAAAUAGCUCGUCUUUGACAGUGCUCUAUUCAAAGUAUGGUGAGGAAGAGAUGCUACGCCUAAGCACAGAUCCAAGUAAAAAUAAAGUCACAAUUGACGGCCUACAACCUAAUACAAAAUACAUGGCCUGUGUCUGCCCAAAAUCAGCUCCACCAAAGAAAGACCAAUGUAUUGUGUUCUCUACGGACGUUCUGCUUAGAAAUGUGGAGAGUGACUCCCAGGUGUCUGUCUUAGUAAUAGCCAGCAGCGUGGCCUGCAUUGCGGUUUUGCCCAUCAUCAUCUUCUUACUUUAUAAAGUGAUAAAACUACAACGUAAGCCCCGGUCUCCUCCUGAAGAAGACCUGUUAAAAGAGACUUACGUCAAAUUUGAGACCCUGUCCCUUAGACCAAGAUCGAUAAACACUGGCGGUGAUCUAUGGACACGCAGAGACACAACGGAAUCAGAGAGGCUUCUUUUGUGCUCAAGGUCAAGUAUGGACUCACAGGUUACUUACAAAAGUGAAGGAUCCAGGCCCGAAUACUACUGCUAA